UUCUGUUUUAUUGAACCAAAUAUCUUGGAAUUUGAAUACUGUGCCCUACCGCAAGUCUGCAGUACCAUGGUGAAUAAGGAAUAUAAAUCUGUAAGUAGGCCUAUAUCAGUAUAUAUAAAAAAGUGCACAAUGUUAAUAAUAAUCCUCUAUUGUACUUAUAUUUAAGAAUGAACUAAACUAGCCUACUUUUUGAGUUGAAUUCUGAAAUUGGUGUUUCAUUGCUAAAUUGAGUGUUGUGCCUGUGUGUCACCAUAACUCAAUCACAAUACUUUGAUAUGGAUAGGCCAUGUCUUUGGAAAGACCCUAAUGCUGUUGCAAUAAGCAAGGAAGAAUCUCUUACAUCCAUGAGAGACUGCAAACAUGCAGCUCAUGCAAUGAUUUACAGUUUCUCUAGCAAGAGUUUAUUUGGACGCAUACCAAUGCAACAUAACAUUCUAAUAACGAUGAGGUUUGAUGGUACUUUUGGAUUUCCUGGAGGUCUAAUUAAUAAUAUAGAAGGCUCAGAAAGCAUUGAAGAUGGACUUAAUCGUGAAUUAAGAGAAGAAAUCAAUUUGGAUUUAAAAUUUUUUAUGACCGAAAAUGAAUAUUUUCGUUCUUAUCUUCAGACCCUAGGAAAAGGAAAAUUGGUCAAUCACUUUUAUUUAAAACAAGUAUCCGAAAGUGAAUUUUUUGAUAUUGAAAAACGUUGUAUUGAUGCUGGUGAUUGGGGCACAGAAACGCUAGGUAUUGUGCGUGUUCCUGUUCAAGAGAAAGCUGGUUAUCAUCAAAAAAAUUCCCCAAUUGUGAACUUCUUACGUCAUAAUUUUGUUGGGAAUGCAAAGCAAGAACUCGUUGAGGGAAUGAUAAAAUGUGAUAUUUUUUCACAUGACGAAAUGCUGAAAAUAUGGAAGAUGUCAGGGAGAGUAAAAUAAUUUUCUAGCUUGUCUAACGUUAGAUGAAGUUUCACAUAAUUUUAAGUAUAAUUUCACACAAUUGAACAAGGCUUUGAAAAAGCAGUCACUGAUGAUAAGUUCAUACCGGACCUCAUUCUUUUUUUAAAUAUAAAAUAUAUCUCGCAUAUGAUUUUCAUUGUGGAAAAUUGAAAGCUAGAGUUAUAAAUGAGUUUUAUAUUAUUAUGAGAGUAUUCUGCACUUGGAGUAAUUAUUCCCUAAACCUUUAUAUGGUUACUUAGAACUCACUGUAUUUUUUGUUUACCGAUAUGUUAUUGGUGAUUUUGUUUGCUUGUGACAUUCUAAAGAUUUCAGUUUCAUUCCUUGUUCUCUGCAUUAUUGUUUUUUCCAUUAUUAUUAUUUAUUUACAUUAAUUACUUUACAUUCUACUAUUCUAUAACUUUUGAAAAAUUUACGAAUUUGUUUUUAGAGAGUUAGGUAAUAAAAUUGUAAUUGUUGUUUUUAUUUGUAUUCCUGUAAAACACUUUUUGUUUUAUUUCUGAGUUUGGUACAAUCAAGCAACUAUUUUCAAAUUUGAGGAAAUCGCAAAUGUUAACAAACCAGUUUGAUUUGUAUCAUCGAACAAAAAAAAUUUACAAUUCAUGUUAUAGCCUAUCUUUGUGUGUGACAUUCAUUAUUAAAUAGUAUAUGAGGUGUUUAUAAAGUCCUGUUACAAUUUUCAAAAUUUUUAUAGGAAAUUAUUAC